AUGAAUAAUAUACAAAAUCCACCUUCGAGAAUAGGAGUUGAUUUAAUGCAAGAAGAGAGGUUAGUAUUUUAUACAAAACAAGUAAAAUUAUGUUUAUUUAAAAUGUACAAUACUUUUACUACUAAAAAUAUAUUCAAUAUUCAAAAUAUAUACAUUAUGCAUACUGUUAAAGCUGUUCAAUUCACUUUUAAAUUAUUAUUUAAACAAUAUUAUUUGAUAUGUAUAAUGAACAAUGAAAAUCUGAAAAUUAAUUAAUGAUAAAAAGAGCGCAAGCAUUAUUAUAGGUGAGAAAUUGGGAUGAUUGGAUACAUAAAAUUAAUUAAUUUAUAUCUGUUAUCACUGAUAAAUCAUUGCUAAUUGAAAACGAUUAAGAGUGAAGGUUGGUUAUAAAAGCCAUUCAUGUUUGAAGGCCAUACUAUGUAGGAUAUUUAAUAUAAAAACUAUUAUAAAAAAAAUUACUACAUUACACUUAAUUUUUAAUUUAUGUUUUGACCACUAAAUAUGACUUAUAAUGUAUCUCCUGUUCAAUUUUCAAUUAUGUCUGUAAGUCUAACAAAUUUAUCUACAGAGUAUCUACCAAAACAAAAAAAUUAUGUAAAAACCUCAUAAAGUUUAGAUGUCUACAAAUAGCUUAAAAAUAUUUUGAAAAUUUUACCACUUAUCUUAACCAACUUUUCUACUAAAAAUAUUGCUCUAAUAUAUAUCGAGUGUAACUUAAUUUCUAACAGAAACCUUAAUCUCAAUAGUACCUUGGAAGGUCAUUUUUAGAUUUUCCGGGAGUUUUCCCAAUAAAUGGGAAAAGUCGUGAAAAAUGGGGUACAUUUUCCCCGGGAAAAUCGGCAAAAUCAAACAAAUUUGAAUAAAGAAAAUAUAUAAAGUCUAUUUAAUUAUUUUACUAUAAAAUGACAUAUGUAUUGAUGGCAAAGCAUCACUAUCAACUGAAUUCCGCUUAGAAUAGGGUUUUCUCAAGCAAUGGUUUAACGUUGCACAAGUUGCACAAGCACCAAAUUAUAUUCGAAUGACGUACGAGGUACAACAAAGACAUCGAUGUACCAGGAGCUCAGGACUCGGAUGUGAUUGCCGCGACUAUUCGUAGCAGUUGACGCCCGAACGAGUCGUCGGCGGCAGCCUUCGCCGACGCAGCGCACACGGCACCUAAUGAUCUCCUGGACCNUGCACACAGAACCUCAUGUUUUCCUGGUCCUUAAUAAAAUCUCGGUUCAAUCCGAGUAAACAGUAUCUUAAAAGUGAACAGCAGUUAUCCGAUACCAGUUAUCUAACCUUACCGAUAAAAUGUCUUACGUAGUCUACUUUUCUACCAUCAAUUUGUUCUAAUAUUUAAUAAUAUCAAUUUUUUUCUAAAAUUGAUACUUAAGAGAGGUUUUUUUUUCAAUUUUCCCAGUUUUCUCAGCUUAUAUGAAUAACUGGUAAAAAAACUUAGAAAACCUGGAAAAACAUAGGAAAAACAGGGAAAUCGGUUAAUUAAAUAAAUUUGUUUAAAGAAAAUACAUAAAGUCUAUUUAAUUAUUUUACUAUAAAAUGACAUAUAUAUUUAUAGCAGUGCAUCACUAUAAACUAAACUCCACUUAGAAUAUGUUUUUCGUAAGCAAUGUUGGUAAGCAUUUAUCGUUGCACAAGUUACCAAAUUAUAUUCGAAUGACGUAUUCGGACGAGGUACAACAGAGACAUCGAUGUACCAGGAGAGCAGGACUCGGACGUGAUUGCCACGACUAUUCGUAGCAGUGGGCGCCCGAACGAGUCGUCGGCGGCAGUCUUCGCCGCCACAGUGCACACAGAACCUCAUGUUUUCCUGGUCCUUAAUAAAAUUCUCGUUUCGAUGCUGACCCCAGCUGAAAUAGUCCGUGUAGACACAGAAAUUUUAAAAUGCAUAAAACUAAAUCUUAUAAUAUACUAAUUAAACAAAAAUUAGGUAUAACUUAUAAUAUUAUUAUUUUUAUUAUUAGGUUGUGAUAGUUUUUAAAAUUGAAUUUUUUUAAUGUAGUUUCAACAUUUGGGUUUUUACACGCAUACGCGUACCUAUUAGUCAUUAUAAACCUAUCAUAAAGAUUAUUAUUGUAAAAUAAUUUGCUCUGUUUACUAUAUUUUUAAGGGGAUGCGAUACCGAUGUUUCUGAGGGUCAAAAAUACCGAAGGGGUAGUUUUAAAGUUUUUAAAAUUUAAUUCAAAACUAAUUAUACUCAGCGUAAAAAUGUUUAUACAAUAUUAAGAUAUCUUAAUAUCUUAAAGAGAAUACCUUAAUAUUGUUUAAUAAAUUAAUCAAAUUCAAUUACGCCAGACUAUACAAUAUUCAUUUUUUAAAACGUUAAUAACGAAUUUUGACAUUCAGGUCACGUGAUGAAUAAUCACUGAUGAUAAUGUAUACCUGAACUACGCUCCGAAUCUUUUUUUUAUAGCAUUGGUUUAUCGUAAGUUAUAAAUUAAACAAUUUUAUGUAUAUCACCUACAACAGUGGCCGCAGCCAUCCAGUAUCGGCAGUAUCAACUUUUUUUUUUAUCUUGUGAAAAUAUAAAUUUAUUAUUUCAGAUCUAAUUGUUUUUACAGUAAAUUUUACAAUUAGGUGUACCUAUGUCAUUUAUUUCUAUCUCAAAUCGUGCUAAAUUAAUUUUGUUGUUGGAUUUAAAAGUAAAAUAAAUUAAAAAUAGUAACAUCCUGACCUGCAGUUGUGUUUGAUUUUAAUUUUAAGUACCUACCCACUUUGAACAAGUUUUUUAACACUAAUUUGAAAAUAUGUUGUCUACAAGGCUGCAUACCUACCUAUGCUUGUUGUUCGCUAAUAGCACUUUCGAUCUUUAGCAGUUUGGUACGUAGCUAUCUACACUAAUGCCGGAUUGCACCGAACAUUUAUACAGAGAUAAACUCGUUCAUCUAGAGUUAAAAUAAACUAUGUCUUAAAUUGUAUCUAUUUAUAAAAAUGUACUUUAUCAAGAGUUGAAUUACAGGCCCAUUUAUCGUCGUGUAAAAAUGUAUGAACCUAGGUAUAGUUAAAUUUCGUUAUCAAUGUUUUAAGUUACACCUACUGCCCGGUACAGUGGAAAUAUUUAUUCGUUAACCAGUAUUCUGGUAAUAACAUGAAUAUAAAACAAUAAAUGAGCAACACUCGUAAAUUUAACAUGUGUAUUCACGAAUUAACCUUAAUUCGUGGUUAAAUCAAAGGCGGAUUAGAACUUGAAUUUAUCAAUAGAUGACAAGUUAUGUGUAACCGCAAACCGGGCAUAAGUUUACCUAAAGUUUACCUAAAGACGAUAAUAGUUAUAAAAUUGCAUUGGCAUAAAGGAUUAUGGAUAGGGAAAGAGUAUCUGGAACAGAAAGUUGGACCGAUGAAAUUAACUUUAGGUGGGAGAACAGGGGCAUCAACUUUAUCAUAAGUAAGUUUAGAAAGAAACGUUAGAUUAUGCUGUUUCCCACUACUAAAUAAGGUAGACAAACUGAGACGCUGUAACACUAGUUCACAAUCGUGAGGUGCACACUCAAUCUAUAAAGCGAAAGCGUUUAUUAUAUCUGCAAUUAAUGAAGAUUAAAUUUUAAUAAUUUACAUUUAUAAAUUUAUUGAUAAUGAUGUCAACUUGAACAUAAUUCUAAUACACAUAGUAGUAAUAUUAAAUUAAAAUUCAACAUAUUUAGUAUUGGCAAUUGUUUCCUAAGAGCUUCCUACUCUGGUAAAAUUUGGUAAUUAAUCAAAUAAAGUGUAACUUUCGACAAAAGCAUAGUGUUUGAUAUGUUAAAUUCCAAAUGUAGAAAAGGAUUUAUUGGUUUUAGUAAAAUAUGGGUUUUUUAAUUUUUUUUUUCUUUCACAAAAAAAACUCCAAAAAAAUUACGUCCUAGGAUAAUGGGAUCGAAUGCAGCCACUGUUAUACGUAAUUUAAUGUAUAUAUCUAAGCAACGAUAAACCAUUGCUAACAAAAAAAAUAUUCUGAGCGGAGUUCAGUUAAUAGAGAUGCUUUGUUUACUAUAUAUAUAUAUAUCAUAUAAUAGUAAAAUAAUUUAAAAGGCAUUAUACAUUUUCUUUAAUAUUAUUUGUUAAAUAUUCACCUAUUUUCCCUUUUUUCCCAGGGUUUUUUCAUUUAUUAUGAAAAACAGCCGGGAAAAUGACCUCAUAAAACCACAUCACCUUUUGGAAAAGGUGCUACAUGUAGAAGUCCAAGAAAGUCUUUUGGUAAAAACGUUGCACACAGACAAAAAAAAAAACUUUAUAAAACCAUGGUCUACUUCACUCCACGCAAAACUCAAAACUAUAAUGAGCACUAUGUAUAUAUUUUCACUAUCGUUUUUGGAUAAAAAUUGAAAUAUAUUGUUAAACAAUUUGAUGUAGGUACCUAUUUAUUUUAUAUUUAUGUAAUAGAAACAUUAUAUUUAGAAAUUUAAAUGUAAACAAUACAAUAUUUUAAUGUAUAAUAUGUUUAUAUAGUGUUCAUAUAGUAAGUAGAGUAAGUUAAAGAGGUACGAUGUACAAGGCUACAUAUUUUAAAAUGUUGUUUGUACAGGUUCAAAAUUAAAACACGGAUAAACAGCAUCAUAUUAUAACAAGGUUAUACAAUUCAAAUAAUAAAUAAGAAUAAGAAUUAUUAACGUUUUGAUACUUUUUUCUAGGGCGGACUGGGGUCGGCAUCGAAACGAGAAUUUUAUAAUGGACCAGGAGAUCAUGAGGGUCCGUGUGCGCUGUGGCAACGAAGACUGCCGCCGACGACUCGUUCGGGCGCCGACCGCUACGAAUAG